AUACAAUAGGAGGCAUGUUCCAGCAGAAAUAUGAUCCAAAAUCAGGGAGAAACCAAGAUUAUACGUUUCCCUGAGGUUAGUUUGAAGCUACAUGUAGCUUCAGGCUGCAUUUUGGACUAGCUGAAGAGGGGAUAAACAAGACUUAGUAAUACCAAAAUAUACUGAGUUGCAAUGAUAAGCCGUGGAAGUACGGAGAAUUGAUCUGAGUUUGGAGAUCUUGCGCAGAUGCAUGAUCAAAUAUGACUCAAAGAUUUUUAAGAUGAGAUUUAAAAGAAGGGGCCAGUGGGCCAAGAUGAGGAGAAAUAAUGCUGGUCAAGUGCUGUGGUCCAAAUAAAAUAACUUCUAUUUUACUCUCAUUGAGCUGGAGAAAAUUUGCAGCCAUCCAUAAUUUGAUGUCGUGAAGACAGUUGAGUUCUGUUAGUUUGCUGAUGUUGUUUGGCUGUCAGGGGAGGUAGAUCUGCGUGUCAUCCACAUAACGGUGAAAAGAAACGUUAUGUUUUUGAAUGAUGUGGCCUAGUGGAGGAAAUUAAAUGGAGAAGAGAAUUGGACCAAGUAUGGAACCCUGGGGUACACCACAGGAGAUAGGAGCCAAGGAAGAAAACAAGUUACUGAUAGAGACAAAGAAAAGUAUUAUCGGUCCCCUUCAUCACUGGUGGGUGACAUUGCAACUCUCUUGUAUUCUUGCUAUCGUUUCCUUCAUGUGGUAUAGGGAUGUGAGAUAACGCAUAGUCCGGAGACUUUGACCCUUCUGUUGAAGAGAUUCAGCUACGACUACAAGCGCAGGUGUUUCGUCAAGCUUCACUGCAACGUGGAUGUCCCCCAAACUUUACAUGUGAAGAAUUGCAAAUACAAGCUCUACGCUGUAGUUAACCACUUUGGUAAUCUAUCAGGAGGUCAUUAUACUGCACAUAUAAAAUCUUUUGAAACUGACGUGUGGUAUGACUUCAAUGACGACAUUGUUAACAGGGUUAAACAACCACUGUUUGGAGCUGGAGACAAGUCUUUGAAGUCUCAUACAGCAUACCUCCUCAUGUACAGGAAUGUGAGCAGACAUCCUGAAACAACUUAUGAAAGCAACCAGGAGGCUCCCUGUGCACAUUCAGACGUCAAGGCCGAAUUAAGACAUGGCAAGGCCGAAAGAGGAGAGCCUGCUGUUCCUCAUCAACUGAAGGAUGAAAGCUGCAUCAUAGGGAAAAACCUAAUGCCCUUGAAUGGUGACGUGAUCUACGAUUGGAGGGAACAGACAAACCUGUCUGGGGAACUGGACAAACAGUCAAACCAGGAAGCGGCAUGUGGAAGGCAGCGCAAGGAGAUGCUUAAAACAGACACUGGAGCAGAUCAAGAUAAUAUGCAAAUGCAAACAUCAAAAUGUGCAAAGCUACAAAAAGAUGGAGGACUGAAACCUCAUGAGCCAAUCAGACAGCAGCGCAGUACAAACUCAGAGGAGCACAUGAGGCAUCUUCAUACCAAAAGGACCCCUACAGCAGCUUUUAAAACACACCCGUUAGACUACAUGUUCGAGCAAAACCACACAUCCCCAAAUGACAGACUGAAAUCAAAUGAGACUGUCAGUGUUGUUGCAAAGACUGGAACCAAUGAAACCUUCAAACCUGCAGAAACUGAAACUGUGAAACACAAAAGAGAGGCUGGUGUCGGUGCAAAUGUGUGUGAUUCUGAUGUAAAGUCACUGUAUGUUUCCUCCAAUGGCCGCUCUUCUUCUUCAGCUCAGUACUCAACAGGACACUUUCAAGGUCAGUGUAGGAAGAAUGAGCCAACAUGGUGUAGCUGUUCACCAAACCUGUGCCGAAAGUCAAACGGUUCAAAGAGAGAUAAGGAGAAAAUGCAGCAUGCUGUGACUGCGGAGAGCUGCUACAAACCUGAGACCAAACAAACUGUGAAAAAGGGAGAGAUACCUGCAAGUCCAAGAGAGAGUCUCAGAAAGAGAAAAACAGCUGUAGAGAGUAGGGACAAAGCCAAACAAGAGCCAUGGCGGUGAUGGAAUAAUCAGGAUAGUGAUGUGUGGUUUGAUUAUUGAGUAUUUACAUCUGUAGCUGGACUCAUGCAAAGCUGAUUCUUUUGACACUGUUGAUCCUGUGCUGCUAUCAACUGUGACAGAUAAACUGACUGUGAUCAAUGAUGUUUUGUGCUGAUUAAAUGUCUCGCGUGGCAUUACAGAUGAAUAAGUGUUACCUUUGUACUGUUAAGUUCAGUCAAGUGAAAGGCUGGUGUGUAUCUCUUUAAUUUUGAGGAUGAAAGCGAAGUGUUUUUUUUUUUUUCUUUAACGGUUUCCUUUCUAAGCGUGCACAUCCGCACACUGCUUUGUAACUGCACCAAGCAAAUGAACAGGGCGGAAGACAGUGAAACACCACUUCAAAGAUGGUUGUGAAAGUCGUCGUGAACGGGCCAGGGGUGGAUGAGAUGACCAUCGACCUGUGCGACACUGAGGAGCAGUUAGAGCAUGACGGUGUUGCAGCUGAAGAAGAAGAUAAUAGAGGGACAGAAUGACUCAGGAGGACCAGGUAGACUCACUUUUGAGUGUACGUACAACAACCAACACAUAGCUACGAGUGAGAAAGUCUUUUGAAACGUACAGGUUAUGAUGCCCGUGGGCCAAACCCCAAAACAGUUGAGAUGGAAAUUAUUUUACAGUGCUCAAAAAAUUAAAGGAACACUUCAUGGUCACAUCAUAACACCACUUCAGUUAAACUUAAGCCAUAUCAAUUGAUCCAUUUAGGAAGCACAAAUGAUUGUACUUUCCCUUCUUUUUUUUUUCUGGGGGAGGACCCCAGACGCCCUGCCAAUUAUGUAUCUUUACAAAUUUGCUCAUAUUUUCAAACGUAAUCAGGCCCAUACUAUUUGAAAGUCCAGCCCACAGUGUGGAGCAGUGUGUCUGCUUAGAAAAAUUCCGGCCCUUGGACAAAUCUAGUUGAUGACCCCUGGUAUACCUGGAAGAUUUUUAUUUUUUAUUUUUAUUUUUUUUUAGUGAAAAUGAAAUGCAAAAGUGUCUAUUGCGUCUAAAGUCAUGACUUACACAUUAAAACGACUGACAAGUGAAGUGAUUUGAUUUGAUUUAUUGACAAAAGCAAUACAUAGAAUUUAAAACAAUAAAAACACAUGUCUGCAUUUGUCAGGGAUGGAACAAAAAAGUCCAGGACUUAUUUCCAUCGUUGUCCCUGUUCUAACUGCAGUCCAAGUGGUGGCAUGCAUCAGGAAAGUGCUUGACAGUCUACAUUAAUCAUAAGUUCAUUAAGAGCAAUAGUAAAUGAAACCAUAAUAGUGCAAAAAAGAGCGUUACACUUACAAAGGUAGGUCGCAGAAUCCUGUGGACCAUAGUAAGUUGGAUCUGUCUAGCUCUGGCCUCAACAGGUAGCCACUGUAAUUGUUUAAAUUGAGCCACUCCCAGAUGGCUCCUGUGGUUCAGCCCCAGGACUACUCUAAUUAGUUUGUUCUGUGAUGUCUGAAGUUUUUGUUUCAGGGCUUUGUUUAGACUUGUGAUGGAAAAUUCGGGUAUUUAAACAUGUUUAACCUAUAAUGUGUUGUAUAAGGUUACUUGUUUUGAUGAAACUGAACUUGUAGCCUAAUGAUGUGUGUUGCUCAUUUAACCCCUACUGUGACAGCAGUGAGAGACACCAAGGUCACGAGCCAGGGAGGCUCAGACACCAAGAUUAUGAGCCAGGGAGGACACCAAUUGUCCUUGUUAGUCUCAACAGAUGUUGUGUUUUAGGAAUGUCAAGGUGCCACAUAUUUUGACUGUUGAUGUGCAUGUGUUAUGGGAACUAUAAAGAUAGCAGGGCGAGAGGACUUGCUAGGCACUCGUUCACUGACUGACUGUUCAUGCGGUUGUAUGUGUGAGUGUCUCCAUUCAUGAAUUAAAACUCAAGAAAGACA